AUGACCAAUAUCAAUCAGCCAGUAUCCGACAACAUAGGGAGCAGUCAGUGUCCCCCAGAAGAAUUUCUCUUCCCUUUCAAGCCAUAUGGUAUUCAAGUGGCAUUCAUGAAGAGUCUUUACACUGUUCUGGAGAAUGGCUCUCAUGGUAUUUUUGAAAGUCCUACAGGAACUGGAAAGUCCCUGAGCAUUCUAUGUGGUUCAUUGACCUGGUUACUGGACCAUGAAAGGAGAAGGAAGGAGGUAAUUGAAGCCUCCCUGAAUAAGCAACAGUGUGAUGAAGAAGGAAUUGAUGAAGAUGGUUUGGACUGGUUUACCUCUGCUACAAAAAAGAGGCAGGAGAAUGAGAAGAAAGCUGAAUUAAGAAAAGAGUAUCAGAAGAUCCAAAAGAGAGAAGAGCGGAUUCGAGAACUUAAAGAGAAGAGACAAAAUGUUAAGAAAGAAAAGUUCCUGAAAGUGGAUGAGGAAUUCAAUUCCCUGUUUGGCAAGAACUCAGAUGUAAAAGCAGCCCUUGCCAAAGAAAUUGAAGAGCAAAGAAAAGGAAUUGAAGAUGGAAUAGACUAUGAGGAGCAAAUGGCUUUGAUAGAAUAUGACAGUGAUGAAGCAGAGAAAGAGGAGGAAGAUGAAGAAGAACCAGAAGAGGAGGACCUUGGCAUCAAGAUCAUUUAUGCAAGCCGAACACAUAGCCAGUUGUCUCAGUUUGUGAAAGAAAUACAAAAGAGUCCAUUUGGCUCAGAAGUUCGAGUUGUUCCCCUUGCUUCAAGGCAGAAUCUCUGCAUUAAUGAAUCUGUACGUAAGCUUGGGAGCAGCAGCCUCAUCAAUGACAGGUGCCUGGAAUUGCAAAGGGGAAAGAAAGGAAAAGGUACAAAAAAGAGUGGGAAGGGAGAGGUCUUGAAGAAGUGCAAGACAUCUCUAGGCUGUCCAUACCUUCAAGCCCAUCUUGUAGAAGAAUUGAAAGAUCAAAUCCUCUUGGAGACACCAGACAUUGAGGGUAUGGCUCUUCUUGGGAAACAGGGGAAGGCAUGCCCUUAUUAUUCCAGCAGGAAAGCCAUUCAUGAUGCACAGGUCAUUGUGGUACCAUACAAUAUAUUGCUCCACAAAGCCACCCGAGAAGCAACAGGGCUGUCAUUGAGAGGGAAUAUUGUGAUUAUUGAUGAAGCACACAAUCUCCUUGAGACCAUUGGCAACAUCCACAGCACUCAAGUCACUGGGAUUCAGCUAUGUACAGCUCAUUCACAGCUGACACAGUACCACAAGCGUUAUGGCAAGCGUCUGAAUGCAAAGAAUGUGUUAUAUGUGAAACAGCUCCUUCAGAUUCUCAGCUGCCUCAUCAAACAUCUGGGUGGAAAUCCCAUGCAAGACCCAAAUGCACAAGUGGGAAUCCACCACAACACUACAAUUGCUCAGCUCUCUCGGUUCCUUGCAGAUGCUGGUAUAGACCAUCUCAAUCUGUUCAAGAUCCUCUACUUUUGUGAGAAAAGCAAGAUUGCCCAAAAGUUGUAUAGCUUUGUGGGGAAGUGGGAAGGAGAAGUGAGAACUCAUCAGAAACCAACAUCUAUACAGAAUUUCAUCAGACAGUUUGCAGAUCAUCAGCAAAAAAUAAAACAAGAGGAAGGGAAAGAGAACAAGACCAAAGAAGAGGAGGAGGAGAAAGAAGUGAAGUUGCAUCCUAGAUCGUCUCCACUGAUGAUUGUUUUGGAAUUUAUCCGUGCUCUCACAACCAAAGAUGACCUUGGACGUGUGGUCACCCAAAAGGCUUUCACUCUUUCAAAGGGCUCUCUGAAAUACUUACUGCUUGACCCUUCCAUGCAUUUCACCGACAUUGUGAGAAAUGCCAGAUCUGUGGUAUUGGCUGGAGGCACGAUGCAGCCAACUAUGGAGUUCAGGAAUCAGCUAUUUCUGUCUGCUGGGGUUUCACCUGAGCAGAUUGAGGAUUUCUCUUGUGGACAUGUCAUCCCUUCUGAACAACUGUUGCCCAUUGUCAUGUCACAGGGACCAACUGGAAAAGAAUUCCUCUUCAACUUUUCCAACCGGGAUGACUCCAAAAUGCUGGAUGAAUUUGGUCGAGUGUUGGUGAACCUAUGCAAUAUUGUUCCUGGUGGGAUUGUGGUUUUCUUCCCUUCCUAUGAGUUUGAGAAGAAUGCUCAUGCACUACUGGAAAGAACAGGUGUCAUUGAGCGAAUAGCUAAAAAGAAACAGAUUUUCCGGGAGCCAAAGAAGUCAUCAGAGUCUGAGAAGGUCUUGGCAGAGUAUGAUCUCUGUGUGAGAAUGAAUACAGAAGCAACAAAUGGAAUAACUGGAGCCAUUAUUUUUAGUGUAAUUGGAGGUAAAUUAAGUGAAGGCAUCAACUUCAGCGACGACUUGGGUCGUCUGGUCUUGAUCGUGGGCCUUCCCUAUCCUAACGCUCAGUCCCCAGAACUCAAGGAGAAGUUGGAUUAUCUAAAUCGUACUCAGAGUUCAGCUCCUGGAGGAAAGACUGCAGGCCAGCAGCACUAUGAGAAUCUUUGCAUGAGAGCAGUGAAUCAGAGCAUUGGACGUGCCAUCCGCCAUCAGAAUGAUUAUGCCACCAUCAUACUUUUGGAUUCUCGGUAUGCAAGGCAAGGCAUUCAGCAAGGUCUCCCUUUGUGGAUCCAAAAGGACAUAAUCAUAGCAGACAAGUUUGGACCUGCAUUUGCUCAAAUCAAACAGGUGGACGGCUUCGACCAGGAACUCUGCCUCGAGUCCGAUUGGGAUUUCCUCUCGUCGUUUCCCCACUCGGAGUCGUUUCCCUUCGAUCUGCCGGUCGCGGAGGCGGGUCGGGAUGUUUCGUGCGGGAUGUUCGCGAUGGGGAUGCCUCAGGUGGCUGGCCAGGAUCAUUCUCUCUCAGGUGGGGAAUUCUCUCUCGGGUGGGGAAUUCUCUCUCGGGCGUGGGACGCCGCGCUCGAUCUCGCGGAAGAAAACGCGAAGCGUCUGAGGGUGAAUCGAGUCGUUACAGGCCGUUUGCCUCGCCUCAAGAAAAGGGGAUCGGACGAGUUUCCGGACGUUUUCCUCACCAACGGGGAAUCGAGCCAAACGAUGUGGACGGAAUGCCACAAUUCGGAUUCCAAUUUCUGGGAGUUUCCGAUCGCGAAUCCGAGUCCGGACGAGGGCGAGGGCGAGGGCGAGGGUCGAGAGGUGUGGCUGUCCCAGGAGGAUCUGAACGUCUUGGGCGUGGACCUUCACUCUCUGAGUCGAGACCUGCAACUGAAGCGGGGUCAGGCGAGGUCGGACGAGAAGAGCUUCGCGUGCGGGCACCAGGGAUGCCGGAAGGUCUAUGCGAAGUCCUCGCACCUCAAGGCUCACAUGAGGAGGCACACGGGGGAGAAGCCGUUCGUCUGCGACUACGUCGGAUGCGUCUGGCGGUUCUCGCGAUCCGACGAGUUGGCGCGGCACAAGAGGUCCCAUUCCGGGGUGAAACCCUAUCUGUGCCGUGUCUGCGACAAACGAUUCUCUCGAUCCGAUCACCUGGCGAAGCACAAUCGCGUUCAUCUCCGAAACGGGAGCGGCAGACGAGACGAACAACAGCAACAUCGGCAACGACAAAAACUAGGACAGCAACAGCAACAGCAACAACAACGACAGCAGCCGCCUUUUCCGACGUUUCCCAUUCCUGGUGCAAUUCCUGGAUUCGACACUCUCCUUGCCAUCAGGGCUUGA